UGGCUCCCCCCUAGUAUGGCCAAUGAAGAGGAUGACCCAGUUGUACAGGAGAUCGACGUGUACUUGGCCAAAAGUCUGGCAGAGAAACUCUAUCUGUUUCAGUACCCUGUGCGUCCAGCUUCGAUGACCUAUGAUGACAUUCCACACCUCUCGGCCAAGAUCAAGCCCAAGCAGCAGAAGCAAGGGGGAGCAGAUCGCGCUGAACGUGGAUGGCGCCUGUGCUGAUGAGACCAGCACGUACUCCUCGAAGCUGAUGGACAAACAGACCUUCUGCUCUUCCCAAACCACCAGUAACACAUCUCGUUACGCUGCUGCGCUCUACAGGCAAGGUGAGCUCCACCUGACGCCUUUGCAUGGCAUCCUGCAGCUGCGGCCCAGCUUCUCUUACCUGGACAAGGCUGAUGCCAAGCACCGUGAGAGAGAAGCUGCCAAUGAGGCGGGAGACUCUUCACAGGACGAGGCAGAAGAAGACGUGAAGCAAAUCACGGUGCGCUUCUCCCGGCCGGAGUCGGAGCAGGCCCGCCAGCGCCGCGUGCAGUCCUACGAGUUCCUGCAGAAGAAGCAUGCCGAGGAGCCCUGGGUCCACCUGCACUACUAUGGCCUGAGGGACAGCCGCUCUGAGCAUGAGCGCCAGUACCUGCUAUGCCAGGGCUCCAGCGGGGUUGAGAAUACAGAGCUCGUCAAGUCACCCAGCGAGUACCUCAUGAUGCUGAUGCCGCCCAGCCAGGAGGAAGAGAAAGACAAACCCGUGGCCCCCAGCAAUGUCCUGUCCAUGGCCCAGCUGCGCACCCUGCCCCUGGCAGAUCAGAUCAAAAUCCUGAUGAAGAAUGUGAAGGUUAUGCCUUUUGCCAACUUGAUGAGCCUCCUAGGCCCCUCCAUCGACUCUGUAGCUGUUCUUCGUGGCAUCCAGAAGGUGGCAAUGUUAGUCCAAGGAAACUGGGUGGUCAAGAGUGACAUCCUGUACCCCAAGGACUCCUCCAGCCCUCACAGUGGUGUGCCCGCUGAGGUGCUCUGCAGGGGCAGAGACUUCGUAAUGUGGAAGUUCACUCAGAGCCGGUGGGUAGUGAGGAAAGAGGUGGCGACAGUGACUAAACUCUGUGCGGAGGAUGUGAAGGACUUCCUGGAGCACAUGGCUGUGGUGAGGAUCAACAAAGGCUGGGAGUUCAUACUGCCUUACGACGGGGAGUUCAUCAAGAAGCACCCAGAUGUGGUCCAGCGGCAGCACAUGCUGUGGACAGGCAUUCAGGCCAAGUUAGAAAAAGUUUAUAAUCUCGUGAAGGAAACCAUGCCAAAGAAGCCGGAUGGACAAUCAGGACCUGCUGGGCUGAUCUCUGGGGACCAGCGGAUCCAAGCAGCCAAAAGCAAGGCCCAGCAAAACCAUACCCUGCUGGACCAGGAGCUGCAGCGGCGGAAGGAGCAGAUCCGGGCGUCCUCGAUCCUGCCUGGUGUGAGGAUCAAGGAGGAGCCCAUGAGUGAGGAGGGUGAAGAAGAGGAAGAGCGGGAAGCAGAAGAACCCAUGGACACUUCACCCGGCAGUGGCUUCCACACCAGGCUAGCCAAUGGACUGCCUGCUGGGCGAGCGACAGGUGGGGACAGCUUCAAUGGGCACCUGCCCCCUGGCUCAGCCAGCACCCCUGUCACCCGGGAACUGCGGGCCUUCGUGGAAACCACCUUUCAGAGACAGUUUGUGCUGACACUGAGUGAACUCAAGCGCCUCUUCAACCUGCACUUGGCCAGUCUGCCCCCUGGCCACACGCUGUUCAGCGGCAUCUCGGACCGCAUGCUGCAGGACACAGUGCUGGCCGCCGGGUGCAAGCAGAUACUGGUGCCUUUUCCCCCACAGACUGCUGCUUCCCCAGAUGAGCAGAAGGUGUUUGCCCUCUGGGAGUCUGGAGACAUGAGUGAUCAGCAUCGACAGGUUUUGCUUGAAAUUUUUUCCAAAAAUUACCGGGUACGCCGGAACAUGAUCCAGUCUCGGUUGACUCAAGAGUGUGGAGAAGAUCUGAGUAAACAGGAGGUGGAUAAAGUGCUAAAGGACUGCUGUGUAAGCUAUGGUGGCAUGUGGUACCUUAAAGGGACAGUACAGUCUUGACAAUAGUUGCAAACCACAAACCCAGUGAAUCCAAGCCCAAGGAAGGACAGCAAGCCAGCAGAGGUGGAAGUAGAGUCUCAAUUGCUUCAGAAGAUACGGAGCAAGAGGAACUGACCAUCUCAUGGCCUGUGGCACUGCACUGUCCAGUGGACAGGGGGAUCAUAUUCAGCCGGUGGCAGGGUCAGCUUAAGUUAGACUGCUCCCAGAAGAGACCAGCUGGGACCUUCUUUGCAGUACAAGUUGAAAUUCCUAAUGUAUUUUGCUUAUUAUUUGGUUUCAUUCUCAUAAUAAAGAGAGGUUGUACUGACAUGGGCAGGAUGAUGAAAAUCAUGAUUUAAUAUUUUUCCAACUUAAUGCCAACAAAGUCUAAGUUAUGUUUACAAGAUGAAGAAAACCUCAAGGUUUUUAAUAUUUAAAAUGCCUAGAAACCAAUAUUUAGACUUUGAUUAUCUGCUAAGACUUUUGCCAAUUAAACAAACCAAACUGAAUUGUUUUACUGUUGGGUUUCUGUGGCCACUGUACCCUUUUAAAACAACCUACUUUAUGUAGCAGUCUCAGCUGUUUACAUGAACCAUAGCAAAAAAGCAGAAUCAGAUCCAUCCGUUUUUAAUGUUUGUGUAAUGAUGCAAACAAACUAAACCAGGUAAGUAUGGAACAAUGUAUAAGUGAGGCUAUCACACUUUGAUGUAAAAAAUUUAUAUUUUGUGUAUUUUUAAAAUAAAUGCUAACACUAACCUGAUAUAUUGGUGAUGGUCUUCAAAUGGUUACAAGAAGGAAGGCUGUCUGUAUGUCAGAGGGAGGGAGAAUUCCUUAGAUCAGGCUGCCCAGUAGAACUGUGCAUGUCAGAGAAAAGGAAACUGAUUAACCCAACACAGCUAAAAAACCAACCUUAAUAAAAAAUUUUUUGUACUAUGUUUUUUCAAUCUGGAAUCUUGUACUCGCAGCAUUUGCAAUUUGGACUAGACACGAUUUAAGUACUCAGUUGCCAUGUGGCUAGCAUAGACCUUAUUGUCAGUACAGACCUUGUUAGAUUAUGAACAAAUACAAGCAGGGUGGUUGGUUGGUGUGUGACAUUUUGCUGCGUAAGGCUUUUGUGAUAAUCUGUUUUGAGAAUUGGAACCACCGUUACCUGAAAGUUUAGAUAAUGGUCUUUAUUUCCUUUUUCCUCUCCCAAAAGAAAAACAUUGAAUAUUUGAUAACAUAUUCAGCAGGUUGAGUAGACAUUAUGUUCUUGAUUUCUAGUUGCUAACAUGUGAGCUGGAAAAGUUCACAAAGUGACAGUUAAUUUUGAGCAUGUCCAGUUGCACUAUUAAGGCGAUCGCUUCAUGGUGCUAUGGAAGACAGGGCAGAGCUUCUGGGCAAGGGCUUACUGGGGGCACCAUUGCUGUAAACUAAGAAUUUAAAUAAUUAGCUAGACAAUUUUAAGGAAUGAAGGAGAAAAUAGUUAAAAAAUUAAAGUACAUAAUGUAAAAUUACUAUUACCAACAAUCAGAUAAGGAAACAGAUAUUGUAAAGGAGAAAAAGGAGUUAGAUGAUGUAUAUGGGAAAUGAAUUAUUAAAACUGAUUGGAAAGAAAAGCUUGCAAGAUCAUUAGAGAAGAAAAGGUCCAGAUACUACAGUUUAGUUAUAUCAACUCUUUAAGACAAACACUACCAGAGUUAAACUUCAGCAGAUAAUGAACCUCCAAGUUGUUAGAAAAUACUGAUUUAAAAAUCUGGCAAAGGUAGUAUGAUAUUAAAAAUCCUGAAUAAUUACACUGACAUGUUAAAUUAUUACAAGUGUGAUGUUACUAGGAAUAACUCCUGUAACAUACCAGAUUAUUAAUAAAGCUUGUAAGAAUGCAGCUAGAAUGAGUGAAAAAAUUCUCAGGAAUCAAGAUGUACAGUCCAUUACUGAUAAAAACACUUAAAAAAAAGCUAAUACUACCAUUCUAUAUUCAUUUAGAAAUUUAGUACUUGAUUCAGACAGAAGUUCAAGUGAUAGCAAACAGAUUUAAGCUAUAGUUUAGAAGGCUUCUGAGAGAGUAAGAAACACCAUGAAUCUUGUCCCACCUAAACUGCAGAAUCUAACUGUUGGAACUCUGGAAUCUCUGGUGACUUCCAGGGGAACAUGUGCACUGUAAAUUGCAGUUAAUUUUGGCCACUUUCUGCUCUGAGCAUGGUAACAAGACAUUCUCCCCCCCUCCACUGCGCCAGAGGCAGCCAUGCAUAUGCACAGUUUACACCAGCUUGCGGGGAACUGAAGAGGACAGGAUUCUGCGCUCAGAAUAAGGAUCUAUGCCCUGAUAGCUGCUUCUCAUUCCUGAGGUGCAGAUGAAAGGGAGUCACUACUGCACCACCCCCACAGCUGCAGAUCCUGAAUGCUUAAGGCUGAAAUGAUGCCUUUUCCCUUCUGGGAAGUUAGACACUAAAGACUAGAACGUUCAGAAAUUACUGCAUAUAACAGGAAAAAUAACUUUGCAUCCCAAGGGAAAGAAUCAGAAAAAAAUCUGAGAACUUAAGAUUUAUGGACACUGCCUUUAACAAUCCAGAAAACAAACACACCCCCCACCCCAGGAAAACCUGACCAAGGGAGAGGAUCUGAUUU